UCAGCGAUUUCUCACGUCGUGGUUUCAUGUAUAACACUGGUCGGCUUCUGCGUUUUAAUCGUCUUCGUCUUCCAACUCUGACCUCGAGCAGCAGUGAAAUAUUCCCCAAAUUUUCUCCGUUUUACGCUUUCAUGGAUGCUUCGAAUCUCGAUUCUUCCAGAAAACCUGCCUUCUCUUCCUUCGCUCAAUCCAGCAAAAGCGGCGGUAGAGGAAGAGGAAAUGAGAGAGAGAAUGAUCGACGGAGACCUCAGGGACGUGGCGGCGGCGGCGGAGGCGGUAAAGAUAAAAUCGAUGCGCUUGGAAGACUCUUGACGCGAAUCUUGCGCCACAUGGCCACUGAGCUUAGCUUGAACAUGCGAGGUGAUGGUUUCGUUAAAGUUGAAGAUUUACUUAAGCUGAACUUGAAAACAUCUGCAAACAUCCAAUUGAAGUCACACACCAUUGAUGAAAUCAGAGAGGCAGUGGGAAGGGACAAUAAACAACGAUUUAGCCUCAUAGAAGAGAAUGGAGAGCUCUUGAUUCGGGCAAACCAAGGCCACUCGAUCUCGACGGUUGAAUCUGAAAAGUUACUUAAACCAAUAUUGUCAGCGGAAGAAGCUCCAGUGUGUGUCCAUGGAACUUAUAGGAAGAAUCUGGAAUCAAUCUUAGCAUCUGGCUUAAAGCGUAUGAAUAGACUCCAUGUUCACUUCUCUUGUGGCUUGCCGACAGAUGGUGAAGUGAUAAGUGGUAUGAGAAGGGAUGUUAAUGUCUUAAUUUUCCUCGACAUCAAGAAAGCUCUUGAAGAUGGGAUUGCUUUCUACAUUUCGGAAAACAAGGUGAUUUUGACAGAAGGCGUUGAUGGUGUAGUGCCUGUCGAUUACUUCCAAAAGAUCGAGUCUUGGCCUAAUCGGCAACCAAUACCUUUCUGAUUUUUUGUAUGCGUUUAUGAUUUUGCAACUUUUUGGUGGACAGGAUCAAUGUGUUUGUUAAAAUUUACAGGGUUAUAUGACAAUUAUUCUGACCUUAAUCUUU